GACAAUCUCUGGCAGCGAGCUGCUGGUAGCUUGACUGUGCGGAGACGGCAAGAAGCGACCGACCGGCGGGGGAGGCAGGCAAGGCAACGGAAAGGAAAGGACGAGGGGGGGGGGAAUUUAGGCUGUGUGUCCCGUAUUUGGAAUAAGCAAGACUUAGACUACAGCUUUCCUCUUGACGUGAAACGAGCUCCUCUGUAACCUUCAGAAAAGGACCCGCAGUUUUUUUUUUUGUUUUUUUUUAACGGCUAACUGACGCGGCUGUCCGAAGCUAACCGUCGUUUUGAACUGUGAAGAAAACUAAAAGAGACGUUUUGGUUUCUGGACGAAGAAUGGGAUUUAAAGAACAUAUCUGCCAGCACUGAGUUGCGAAAACAAGGGGAUAUUUUUUCCAGUUGGAUGAAAAAUAACCACACAGUCGAAGAAGGGGGGGACCGAAUUCAGUUAAGCUGUGUUAAUACUGUGCGUAUGACAAGUCAACUCCUGGGAGGAAAAAAAGGGAGCAAUGAUGGCAUUUAGGAGCGGAGAGAAGUAACGUUAGCUCGCUGGCUAGCUAAACAGCUAACCUAGCAGGCUGCUAACUAAGCCUGUGUCGCCCUUUCCAUUCCUGGAGCAGAGGAGGGGCGCUGGGGCUUUGUAGCAUUGCAGAUCUGCCUUGCAUUUUUUUUUUUGGGUUGCUGCAAGAAUGGAGAAUCCCAAAUAUCUGCCACAACAACUCAGGGGGAUCUGCUGAACCGCAUCGACUCGAUUAUCUUCCAUUUUUCCUUCAGAAAAGACCAGAAAAGUGCCAGCUAAAAACGUUGGGAUUUCAUCAAAAAAAUCAACCGGCCCGGGGCAGCUAGGGUCUGUAAUUGUGACUACUUCUUUUUCGUAUAUGCCCCGUGGGGAUAGGUAUUAUAAAAUGGGGAAGUGCUGCACGUCUUAUCCACCUCCUAGAUACUGGAUGUCGGUAGGAAGAUCAUGAAUAGAUCGGCUGUAACGCGGAAUUAGCACCGGCGUCGCCCUCAGCUCAAAGUUUUAUUAUUUUCGAGGCACAUUCAAGGUGAGAGAACUUCUUUUUUUUUUUACAGGCCCCUCUGCGCUAACUAACAGGCCGAGGAGGUGUUUGCUCAUUCCCCCCCAUCCACCUCCUCUAUCAUCAUAACUUCAGAAACCAACAAGCCGGAAUAAUCAUGUCGGGAGAGGUGCGUUUGAAGAAGCUGGAGAAGCUGAUCCUGGACGGGCCAGUCCAGUCUACUGGCCAGUGCCUGAGUGUGGAGACGCUGCUGGAUGUCCUGGUCUGCCUCUACGAUGAGUGCAACAACUCCCCGCUCAGAAGAGAGAAAAAUGUCCUGGAGUUUUUGGACUGGGCUAAACCCUUCACCUCCAAAGUGAAGCAGAUGCGGCUGCACAAAGACGACUUUGAAAUCCUGAAGGUGAUUGGACGAGGAGCCUUCGGAGAGGUUGCAGUGGUAAAGGUGAAAAACACAGACAAAGUAUUCGCUAUGAAGAUUCUCAACAAAUGGGAGAUGCUGAAGCGAGCCGAGACGGCGUGUUUUCGGGAGGAGCGGGAUGUGUUGGUAAAUGGAGACUGUCAGUGGAUCACCACCCUGCACUACGCCUUCCAGGAUGACAAUAACCUGUACCUGGUCAUGGACUACUAUGUGGGUGGUGACCUGCUGACUCUACUCAGCAAGUUCGAGGACCGGCUGCCGGAGGAGAUGGCCAAAUUCUACUUGGCUGAGAUGGUGCUGGCCAUCGACUCCAUUCACCAGCUACACUACGUCCACAGGGACAUUAAGCCCGACAACAUUUUGUUGGAUAUGAACGGCCACAUCCGCCUGGCCGACUUUGGCUCCUGCCUCAAACUCAUGGAGGAUGGAACGGUCCAGUCCUCUGUGGCGGUGGGAACCCCAGACUACAUCUCCCCAGAAAUCCUCCAGGCUAUGGAGGAUGGGAAAGGCAAGUAUGGACCUGAGUGCGACUGGUGGUCCCUGGGCGUCUGCAUGUAUGAAAUGCUGUACGGCGAGACUCCUUUCUAUGCAGAGUCCCUCGUGGAAACCUAUGGCAAGAUCAUGAACCACAAGGAGCGAUUCCAGUUUCCACAGCAGAUAACAGACGUUUCAGAGGACGCAAAGGAUCUGAUCCGUCGGCUCAUUUGCAGUCGAGAGCACCGAUUGGGACAGAACGGCAUCGAGGACUUCAAGCAGCACCCGUUCUUCUCUGGCAUUGACUGGGACAACAUCCGUAUGUGUGAGGCCCCCUACAUCCCAGAGGUCAGCAGUCCUACAGAUACCUCCAACUUCGAUGUGGACGAUGACUGCCUCAAGAACUCGGAGACUAUGCCCCCUCCCUCCCACACUGCCUUCUCCGGCCACCACCUGCCCUUUGUGGGUUUCACCUACACCAGUAAAUGCACCAUAUCUGAUCGGGGUUGCCUGCGACAGCUGUCAGGAGAGCCGGGUAAGGCAGGGCAGGACCAGGUGGACCUGGAUGUCCAGCGUAGCCUGGAGGACAGCCUGGCCACCGAGGCCUACGAGAGGAGGAUCCGCCGCCUGGAGCAGGAGAAACUAGAGCUGAGCCGCAAACUGCAAGAGUCGACCCAGACGGUUCAGGCGCUGCAGCACCCAACAGGCGAGGGCCCCCUCAGCGCUAACAAGGAGGUGGAGAUCAGGAGUCUGAAGAGCGAGAUCGACAUCCUCAAGAAGCAGAUUGCUGACUCAGGCCAACUGGAGAAGCAGCUUGAGGACGUGACGUUGGCUCGUAGGGACUUGGAGGACUCAUCCAAACAUGUUAAGACUCUAGAGAAACAGAUGAAGAGCCUCACACAGGACAGGGACGACAUGCAGAAGGACCUCAUGGAGGCCCAUGAGAAGCUGAAGUCUCAGUCGAAAGACCUAAAGGAAGCCCACAGUCAGAGAAAACUGGCCAUGCAGGAGUUCUCUGAGCUCAAUGAGAGACUCACAGACCUCAGGUCGGCAAAGCAGCGCCUGGCUCGCCAGUUGCGUGACAAGGAGGAGGAGAUGGAGAGUCAAACUCAGAAGGUUGAGGCUCUCCGCCUCGAGGUGCGAAAGGCCGAGAGGGCCAAGAAGGAGAUGGAGGCGCAGACGGAGGAGCAGGCAGCAGAGGCUCAGAAGGAGAGGAAGCUGAGAGAGCGGAACGAGCAGUAUAGCCGACAGCUGGAGGAGGAGUUGGAAGGGCUUAAGGUGAAGCAGGCCGGCUCCUCCGCCACCCCAGCCUCAGCGGACCAGUCCCAGGAGGUGGGACGCCUGCGGGGAGAUCUGGAGAAGAAAACACUCCUUUACGAGGAGGAACUGGCGCGCCGGGAAGCGCAGCAUGGCACCGAGCUGAAGGCCCUGCGUAAAGAGCUGCGGGACGCUGAGAGCCAGCAUCUCGCCCUGCAGAAAGAGAUCCUGAUGCUCAAAGACAAGCUGGAGAAGACUCGCAGGGAGAGCCAAAGCGAGCGGGAAGAGUUUGAGACCGAGUACAAGCAGAAGUAUGAGAGGGAAAGAGUUCUUCUUAUUGAAGAAAAUAAAAAGCUGUCCAGUGAGUUGGAUAAGCUGACAAGCAUGUUUGAGAAGAUGAGCAGCUCCAACCGGCAGCUGGAGGACGAGAUGAGGGAGCUGGCUGACAAAAAGGAGAGUGUAGCUCACUGGGAGGCCCAGAUCACAGAAAUCAUCCAAUGGGUGAGCGACGAGAAGGAUGCUCGCGGCUACCUGCAGGCUCUGGCCACAAAGAUGACCGAAGAGCUGGAGGGACUGAGGAACACCAGCCUGGGAGCGAGAGCCACGGACAUGCCGUGGAAGAUGAGGCGUUUUGCCAAACUGGAUAUGUCGGCCCGUCUGGAGCUGCAGUCAGCUCUGGACGCUGAGAUCAGGGCCAAACAAGGCAUCCAGGACGAGCUGAACAAGGUCAAGGCCAACAACAUCUCCACAGAAUGUAAACUGCAGGAGGUGGAGAUUAAAAAUCAAGAACUCCUGGCAGAGAUCGACAGGCUGAAGAAGGAGACGGAGGAGCUGCGGCUACGCAGAGGUGUCAAGCACCAGGAUUCCCAGAAUUCCUUCUUGGCUUUUCUCAACGCUCCCACCUCAGCACUCGACCAGUUUGAUCGCUCGCCAUCCGUUGGCCCAGCUAGCAAAGGCAGACGUGUGGACUCUAUGGAUAACUUCACCCCCUCCAACACUCCAUCCCGGGAAGAGGACCCUAAGUCCCACCUCAAGUCCCGCUCGCGCUCACCCUCCAUGGCUAGCGAUAUGGAGCCCAUAGAGUUGAUAGACCAUCCUCCUCGCACAGUCCAGACCCCCACCAUGCGCUCAGGAGGCUACGGCAGCAUCGGCCGCUCCUCACCUAAGCCCAAAGCACAUCAGUUUGUGGUGAAGUCAUUCAGCACGCCCACUAAGUGUAACCAGUGCACUUCUCUCAUGGUGGGACUCAUACGUCAAGGUUGUACCUGUGAAGUGUGUAACUUCUCCUGCCACGUAACAUGUGCGGACAAGGCUCCGGCUGUGUGUCCCGUGCCGCAGGACCAGACGAAGGGCCCGCUAGGUAUCGACCCUCAGAGGGGUAUCGGUACCGCGUACGAAGGCACCGUCAGGGUGCCCAAACCAACAGGGGUGAAGAAGGGUUGGCAGAGGGCGAUGGCUGUGGUUUGUGACUUCAAACUGUUCCUCUAUGAACUGGGAGAAGGAAAAGCAACACAGCCAAGUGUAGUCGUCAGCCAAGUCAUAGAUAUGAGGGACGAAGAAUUUUCAGUCAGUUCUGUCCUGGCCUCUGAUGUCAUCCACGCCAGCCGCAAAGACAUCCCCUGUAUAUUCAGAGUGACGGCGUCCCAGCUCUCUCCCUCCAGCAGCCACAAGCCCUCCAUCUUGAUCCUGGCCGACAGCGACCAGGAGAGGAACAAGUGGGUGGGUCUCCUCAACGAGCUCCACCGCAUCCUCAAGAAGAACAAGCUCAAGGAGCGAUUCGUCUACAUCCCCAAGGAGGCCUACGACAGCACGCUGCCGCUCAUCAAGACAACACAGUCUGCUGCUAUCAUAGAUCACGAGCGUGUCGCCCUGGGCAACGAGGAAGGCCUUUUUGUCAUCCAUGUCACCAAAGAUGAAAUAAUCCGGGUGGGGGACAACAAGAAGGUGCACCACAUCGACCUGAUCCUUCAGGAGCAGCUGCUGGCCGUCAUCUCCGGCAGGAACCGUCACGUCCGUCUCUUCCCCACACAGGCCCUGGACGGCCGCGAGACCGAGUCCUACAAGCUAGCUGAGACAAAGGGCUGCCAGACCAUCGUCUCCGGCCCCGUCCGCAACGGCUCGCUCACCUGCCUCUGCGUGGCUAUGAAGAGACAAAUCAUAUGUUACGAGGUGAAUAAGAGCAAGGCACGCCACCGUCGGCUGCGAGAGCUGCAGGCCCCGGGGCCCGUCCAGUGGAUGGGUCUGCUCAGUGAGCGUCUCUAUGUGGGCUAUCAGUCCGGCUUCACCCGCUACAGUGUCCACGGUGACACGUCCCCGGUCAACUUGCUCCACCACGAGGACCACACACUGGCCUUCAUCCCCCAGCAGAGCCUGGACGCCCUCUGCGCCGUGGAAAUUUCCAGCAAGGAGCUGCUGCUGUGCUUCAGCGCCAUAGGAGUAUAUGUGGACUCUCAGGGCCGCAGGUCACGUCAGCAGGAGCUCAUGUGGCCAGCUGUGCCCAACGCUGCCUGCUACAACGCCCCCUACCUGUCACUGUACAGUGAGAACGCUGUGGACGUGUUUGACGUCAACACCAUGGAGUGGAUCCAGACCAUCCCACUGAAGAAGGUGCGACCUCUGAACAUCGACGGCUCUCUGAACCUGCUGGGGUUGGAAACAGUCCGGCUGAUCUACUUUAGAAACAAGAUGGCUGAAGGUGAUGAGCUGGUCGUUCCGGAGACGUCAGACAACAGCAGGAAGCAGAUGGUGCGCAGCAUGAACAACAAGAGACGCUUCUCCUUCAGGGUGCCAGAGGAAGAGCGACUUCAGCAGAGGAGAGAGAUGCUGCGAGAUCCAGAGAUGAGGAACAAGCUGAUCUCCAACCCCACCAACUUCAACCACGUGGCCCACAUGGGACCAGGAGACGGGAUCCAGAUCCUUAAAGACCUGCCUAUGGAGAGCCGCGCAGGCUUCAGCGGUUCAGUCAGCAUCCCCUCCAUCACCAAGAACCGGGCCGAGCCGGGUCGCUCCAUGAGCGCCAGCAGCGGACUGGGCAUACGCUCGUCCUCCCAGAACGGCAGCGCCCUGCGCAGGGAGCUGUCAGGAGGCAGCUACGGAUCCAAACGCCAGACCAUGACCUCUCCCUCCGAGAGCUCCCUGUCCUCUGGAGGAGGCAUGGACUGUGGUGACGCUCCCCUCUCACAGUUCGACAGAGAGUGGCAGGCAGUCUCACCGUCGGAGAAGACCCCCGAUCUGAAAAGGGCUUUAAGGACCCUGCUUAGUAAGAUGAAGGACUCGGACUCCCCCCGUCACUCCACGGCCUCCAACAGCUCCACCUUCAGCAGCCCCCCAAGUCCGGCCUCCCCACACAAGACCAAGUCCCUGUCCCUGGAGAGCACAGACCGGAUGGGCUGGGACACAUGAGCCCCGCCAGCCGCCCGCCCAACCCCACCGACCAACCGACCGACAGCACAGGACUCCAAACCCUCCACCUCCACCUACUACUCCACCGCGGCCUCUCGCAUCCUUUCUGAAAUAUUUCCCCUCACUGCCCAGAGAACUGCACCUCCUGUCUGCCGCUGCCCCCCCACCCCCAACCCCACCUCCCCACCCCUACCUCCCCGCGCACCUCCCCGAUGAACAUUUGUCCCACCUUUAAACAACCUCGAUCUGUCUCAGCGUACUUCCAAGUCGGGGCACAAAGAAAGUGUCGUCUUUUUUUGAGGGAAAUUCUUGGGGGAGAAGUUAUCAUAAAUUAGUGGUGGUGUACACGUGGGUGCUGAUGAUUGAGGGUGCAAAUGUGUGUGUGUGUGCGUGUGUGUGUGUGUGUGUUUGAGAGAAGCUGUAUGCGCUCGCCAGCGUGUGUGCAUGUGUUUAUUCAGAAAAGGGCAUAUGAUUAUAGGAAUGACAACCUCCCCUCUCGGCUCUUUCUGCCACCAAGCGAAGCGUCAUCGACACGACUCCGCUCACAGCACUUGAUGCCCCCCCCCCAUCCCCUCCCCCCACCUGUUGAGACUCAAAAACCUCACCGUGCAACAACAAAAAGAAGAGGAUUACUAUUGAAAGAAAAUUAUUUGUACUUGUACAUAGGACCCUUUGGGUUUUAGGGGACAAUAUUUUAAUUUAUUUAUCAAUCUUAGACAGGAAAGGGAGGUUUGCUUCACGGCCUGAAGCAGACAGGUGGAGUUUAAAUGCCACAGCUCCUCACUUAACUCUAAUGCUUUCUCUUUGGGUGUCAGAAGCUGCGUAAAUUGAAAAUGUUAAAAAAAAAAAAAAAAAAAAAAAAGAGAGCGAGAGAGAGAAAGGAAAGCAAUGAUUUUUUUUUUUAUUUUGCUCAUGAUACUAAGUGCAGUGACUUUAUAAUAUUUUCAGCAAACAGCUACAAAAACAGCAUUAAUAAGGCAUCAUCACAGCUGCUCUGUGCUACUCUCUUCCUCAUUGGUCCAGUGCGAGCGACAUCAUCCAGCAACCCUGGACGUGUCCUCUGUUGUAGCGUAGACGUUCCACUUUGCUGUACAACCAAACUGACCAACUCACAGAUUCCCAUCACAAUAAUGUACAUAGGUUCAAAGUAGAGAGUAAUAUAUGAUAAGGAAAAUACUAUAGAGAACUACACGGGAAAGAAAAAAAUCCUCUUUGACUUAUAUUUUCCUUUGUUUGUUUUGAGUGAUUUGGGGUUGUAUUCACACAAAAGCCAUUUUUAAACCACUUUCCAGUUUUCUUUUUUUUUUUUUUUUUUAAUUGAUUGAUUUUAGAUUUGUUUUUUAUCGUAUGUAUGACACGCAUUGUGUGUUUCUUUUUUUUUUUUUUUUUUUUCCCUCUCUCCCCAACACUCUGUUGGCAUUUGAGUGAAUCAACUUGUGUAUGGAUUGACACUACUGCCCGUACUGUAGAGUGAACACAUGCAUUUAUCACAGAACCUCCUACCUACCGCACAUGUAUCCGCACACUGAGAUGGUGUUUUUAUGCAGCAAAUGCCUUGUCCUGCUCCUCCUCUGACUGUCAAGAGGCGAGAGCUGUGAUCGCUUAAUCAACAAGUUAACGUGUGUGUGUGUGUGUGUGUGUGUGUGUGUGUGUGUGUGUGUGUGUGCGUGCGUGUGUGUGUGCGUGCGUGCGUGUGUGUUUCCAAAUCCGCUUUGGUAACUGUAGGUCAGUCCUUCUAAUCAGCUCGAUUUAACCAAAAAUGGACAAAAAGAGGGAGACUUUGUGACUUUAUAUUGUCCUUCUCACAGCCUUUUGCUUAUUCUGAAGAAUGUUUUGAUUAUUUGUUCAUUUAAAAAUAAAAAGCUCUCGAUUCAAUAACACUAAAACAAGAAUGUAAAACACUACAACGAACCGCUUCGGUGUCAAAUAACUGACCCGCAGAUGAAAUAACAUCAGUGCUCGACUUCCCCUUCCAGGCGGUUUUUCUUUGGCGGGAUGGAAAAGGCCUCUGAUAAGAGUGUUUUACGGUGCGCGGCAUUCACAGCCAAAAAGCCUGUUACCUCUGUUCAUCUCUGAUUCUGCUCCUUCAGUUUUUACACACACACACAAAGAUCAUCAAGCUGCGUUUUUAACUGGAGGAAAUAGCUCAUUCGAGGCAGAACAUGGUCUAUUUUGUUCUGGAACAAUGUGCACGGAGCUGUAAACUGUCCUUAAAACACUAACUUUAACGUGGUUAUAAUGUGGUAUUUAUCUGUUAAGAAGCAGCAUAACUGUACUCUAAUACAGACAGAGGAUCACACACGCAAUCUUCGGGUCAGAAUCCUCCAGUUUGUUGUCUUGUUUGUUAGAAAGGGAAACAAAAACUCUAAUACUUCGGUGGUCAUUCCUGCCGAUUCCCCUGUUGACACACAAGUGGCUCCAAACAGCCCAUUCCAGAUGUUUUUCUUUUUUUUUAAGUAUUCCAUUUUAUAUAAAGAGAGGGAGAGAGAGAGAGAGAGAGGUUUGGAGCGCCACGGUGCGACUAAGCUGGUUUAAUUCCAAACGAGCACCUCUUAAGAAACCGUUUAAGCUAUCGAGUCUCCUUAGUUCCUGCUGGGGUUUAUCUGUAGAAUGUAUUAGCUGGGGGUGAGGACACUGUCUUAGCCGGGUGUUUUAUUGUACAGAAAAAAAGUGAUCCCAGAUAUCCCAGUUUUAAAAAGGAGAGAGGAAGAGAAACUCAGGAAAAUGUCAGAACCAAUGAAUUCUUUUUCAUUUUGAUGAAAACGAGCGUGUUUUAAAAAGAGUUUUGUUUGACGGAUGGUGGAUGAGCAGGAGUGAGUGAAGCAGAGAUGAGUCUGGCUGUAGUUGUAGAUGUGACCCGGGGGGGAGGGGAGGGGGGGAAGGGAACGGGGGAGAAAAAAAAACAAAACAGGGUGGUGAGGACUCAGACAGGUGUUGAUGAAAUGGUUUCAGGGGUGAAGGGUGACAGGUGCUUUGAUGGCUGAGGUGCCACAGUGGAAACAUUACAGAGGAAAGAAAAUCUCGAAAAAUUCAAACGCCUUUGCAUUUCAGUGAGGUCUUAUCUACAGUACCUUCUAUAUUAUUUUGCUCUUUCAUAUCAUAUUACACUUUGUUUUUGUUUUUUUUCUAGGAUUGCUUUGUAAUAAUUUGUACAGUUUUGCAUGUUAUAGAUGUAAUCAUUUUUGUUUUCGGUUUGUUGUUUUACUUGGACUUGCUCCUUUUUGAACGGUUUGGGCGUUUUACUGAGGAUAACCCACUACAGGUGAUGUAGAUUCUUUUUUGCACAAAAAAUAUUUAAGGUGUAAGGUCAAAACAAAAAAUAAUGUAUGGAACUGGCUGCCACACUUAUGUGGAGAACUCAUUAUAUUAACCUGACUCCGAUGUAUUUCAAUAAAGCGGAGGGCUGUUACAAAUAC